UUUUUUUUUAUUUAUUUAUUUUAUUCUUACACACAUUUUUCAUGGCAUCAUUUAUCUUUUUACUCUCUACAGCGUUCUCCAGAAUCUUAUCCACUUACUUUGGAACACAUUCAACAAGUUUACAUAUUAUACAACAAAAAGGGGAAAUACUUUAUCAACAUGGACAAUAUGAACAAGUAUAUCGUCUAGUUACUGGUAUGCAAGACUUACAACGACAACACUGGGAUAAAAAUCAGACGCGUGAACAAUACCAUCGCUUACAACAACUAUGUUUUCGAUAUCGUUUACAAUGUCUUGUUCAAUUAGGGAAAUACCAACAAGCACUCCAGCUAUGCAAACUCAUUGUGAAAUGUUAUCCAAAUUGUAACUGGUAUUUAGUGUCAUAUGACUAUAUGGAACCGCCGUUAGAUAAAGCUUGGCAACUCUUUCGACAAUGCUAUAUGUUUUUAUUCAAUGAUAAUGAGCUCCAUUGGCAUCAAGUAGUUCGGCAAGUGACUCCUGUUCAAGUUACCUCUUAUUUUUAUUUGGAUCUGGUUCUCGUACUACCUUGUGAAGUGGUACAUUCGAUAUUCGCUUUAUUACCAUUGGAUAGUCUUGUACGUUGUUCGCGGGUCUCACAUACAUGGAGAAAGUUACUAUUGAGCACACCUCUACUCUGGCAACAUUUAUACUUUGAUGGAUCUCUUUCAGCCAACACUGUGGAUCUUUAUCUAUCUCGCUUACAAGGUGCUCCCCUUACAAGUCUACAUAUCAAUUGCGAUCUUGAUGCCGAAACUUUAUUAUCCUCUCUUUGCAACUCAAAUUGUACCCAACUUCAAGUAUUAGAUCUAACUCGGUUGCACUGUGUAAAUAGAAAUGGUUGGUUACUUUUCCAAAAAGUGAUCUAUUCUACUGGAAAAGCAUUCAAGAAAUUAAAACUUGGUUCAAGUAGUUUCAAACUGGAUGAUAUCAUGGAUCUUGUAUCCAAAGCAUGCCCACAGCUGGAACUGUUGGAUUUACGCGACUGCUUCACCUCUCAAACUAUUCUUCCUCUCGAUGGUUUGGCAUCCUUGGAACAUAUCUGCGAAUCUUUACCUAUCACAAUAAACAAUUAUGUGGAACAUUUGCCAAUAUUAGGUCUUCGUCAACUUGAACUAUCAGAUAUACAUGGUUUGACUAUUAUCCAUUUAGCCUCGAUUCUUUUACGGAGUCCAUGUUUGGUAGAUUUGACUUUACGCAAUUGUUUGGUGAAUAUCAUUCCUAUUGUCAACGUUCUACGCCAUUGUUGUCCUGAUCUAGCGAAUUUUGUUUAUCACCGGAAUCAACUUGGACGCAAUCCUAUCAUUGAACACAAUCCAAUUCAUUCUUCAGUAUCUCCAACUCUACCUUUGACAAUGAUGAUACAACCAACUACAUCAUCAAACGAUAGGAUUCAUUCAGGCUUAUUACAAUCUUGGAAAAAACUGUCAUUAAUACAAACAAGGGCUUUGACGAACGAUUUAUUACACUAUGUUUUAUUUGGAUCUUAUCACACGAUUCAAUCACUUGAUCUGACUGGCAGCUUAGGACUGACGGAUGAAUGUCUUUUCAACAUGAUUCCAUCAUCAUUAGAAGAAUGUAAAUUGGCAGGAUGUAUGAAUAUUACGACCUUGGGACUUUGUUCAUUUCUUCAAAACACACCACAUUUGCGAAUAUUGGAUGUAUCAGGAUUAUCGGGUGUGACAGACAUGGUACUUCUUUCCAUCGCACUGCAUUGUCGCCGUUUAGUGAAACUGAAUUUAACUCUCUGUCGAUCUAUUACCGAUACUGGAUUACAAUUGUUUAUUGACACAUUGGAUUCCCCUCUUCAAGAACUUGGUUUGGCAAGAACAAAUUUGACAACUCCUUCUUUGACAUAUGCGAUGUGCCAUAUUCAACGUGAUGAUAUAUAAAAAAAAAAUAGAUGUUUUUUUUUUUUUUUUUAGAAUAGAUAUUUGUUUUAUAUAAUAAUAAAAAAAGGAGUGGUUUUAUUGUAUAAA